AUGCUUGGCGUUUUGCUCCUGGUUCUCAUGGCGGUGGCGCUACUCGUGGCAUUUGUUGCUGCCACAUGGGAGCAUGAUCUGGUUCAGAGCUACGACGUUUUACCUGCUCCAGCUGACCUGGGCACGAAGGAGUUCUACUGGCGCUGCUGGCUUUCAUCGCUCACGCGUCGGGGCUGGCGCACCUCUAUAUUGCGUAAUCCAUGCCCUCGCAUUACGCUACAGUGCCCCUUUGUUUUAAUGACCUCUGACUUUGCCAAGCUCGCCACUUCGCUGAGUCUUCCUAAACUGGCGCUAGAGCAAGUGCCCUUCAUGUUUCCACAGAUGGCAAUUGGUAGUCUUUUCUUGCAGCUAUUGGGUAAUUCGCAUUUUCCAGUGAGCGUGCGCCAAUUGCGUCUGAAAGCUGUCGUUGUGGUCCAGCUGCGGCCGUUAGACAUGAGUGCUCCGUCUCAAAACGAGAAAACGCCGCCGCCAUCUGAGCUGAAAUGUCUUAUGGUUCUUACCGGAAAGCGCUUUCUUCAGUCUGAGAUUGAAUUCACUGUUCAAACCGAUCUGUUUGACAGCCACGGCACGUCUUCAUUUUCUAUGGAUCAAAACGUGGUUUCGCGUGCUAGCGCAAACCUAGUUGAAGACUCAUUCGAAUGCUCCACACACAACGCUACCGAUUUUAGUGAUGUCAGCGUUGUGGAUGUGACGGGUGUACACACGAGUAAAGUCAAUGCUGCUCCCCUAAUCUGGAUACUUGCCCGUGCUGCUAGUAUGCUGCAACAGCAAAAUCGAGUACCGGCCCAGCCUCUCAUGUGCAGUUGCAUGAUAGAUGAAAAGUUGUCUUCAGUACCACUAAAUCAGAAGUUAGUUCUACAGUCGUGGACUGCAGAAGAAUAUCAGAAUCAGCAGACACAGCCAGAAAUUUCGAGAUUUGCAGUCAGCACCCAAGGCAGGGGUGUAUUAACCGGGAUUCUUCGAACUGUUGGAUGGAACUUUUCGGAGCGUCCGAAUAAUUCAUAG